AUGCAACCCCCAACUUUAGAAGAAUGGAUGGCAGUUAUUUCGCAUCUUCCUAAUGAUAAAGCUUCAGGACCUUCGGGCAGUGAUGUACAUUUUCGAUAUCCUAAACAUUUUGAGACUGUCCCAUACUAUGUCCCAAAAUGUCCCACAUUAAGUCCCAAUGUCCCAGGCCAUGUCCCAAAAAU